CUGGCUUUAAAAUCUUGCAAUUUGGGGAAUUUCACACACCUCCAGGCCAGGAGAUUCCUGAGGCCGGACAGCUCCCACCUCUAUUGGCACCUCUGGCAGACCGUCCCCUGUUGGUUCCCAGGGAGAUGGCAAAGGCAGAUGAUAAUCUUCCUUUUCCAGCCAGCUUCAGUCCCACCCACACACACCCCCCUCCAUGAAGGAGGAAAGCCCUCCAAGAUUGCAAAGGGGGAUAUGAGACUUUCUACUCGGAAUAUCCUGAUUGUUGCGUGGACGUAGAACCCAUCUCCCAAGAGAAGAUUGAGACCGAGAGAGCCCUCAUCAGCCAUUGUGGGAAACCAGUGCUCAGCAUCAGCUACAGGCCAGCUCAUGACCAGGGCGGCCCAGUUGAAAUCCUUCCGUUCCUCUACCUUGGAAGUGCCUACCAUGCAUCCAAGUGCGAGUUCCUCGCCAACCUGCACAUCACGGCCCUGCUGAAUGUCUCGCGGCGGACCUCCGAGGCCUGCAUGAGCCACCUACACUACAAAUGGAUCCCUGUGGAGGACAGCCACACAGCUGACAUUAGCUCCCACUUUCAAGAAGCAAUAGACUUCAUUGACUGUGUCAGGGAAAAGGGAGGCAAGGUCCUGGUCCACUGUGAGGCUGGGAUCUCCCGUUCACCCACCAUCUGCAUGGCUUACCUCAUGAAGACCAGGCAGUUUCGCCUAAAGGAUGCCUUCGAUUACAUCAAGCAGAGGAGGAGUGUGGUCUCGCCCAACUUUGGCUUCAUGGGCCAGCUCCUGCAGUAUGAAUCAGAGAUCCUGCCUUCUACGCCUACCCCCCAGGUUCCCUCUUGCCAAGGGGAGGCAGCCAGCUCUUCCUUCAGAGCCCAUUUGCAGACACUGAGCCCUGAUGUACAGGGUUCCUACUACACAUUCCCUACCUCAGUGCUGGCGCCAGUGCCCACCCACUCGACGGUCUCAGAGCUCAGCAGGAGCGCCAUGGCCACAGCCACAUCCUGCUAAAACUGGAUGGGAGAUCCUGCCCAGCCCCAAGAACAACUGUGAUUUUGUUUUUUAAACGUGGACAUUUCAUACCUGUGCAAUACUGAAGACCCCCUCUGUCCCCCUCUUCCAGUGGGAUAGCGAAGGGUCCCCAGGCUUGCAAACGAACUUCAGACUGACCUCGGGGUAGGUUCUCGGGACCGAAGGAAGGCCAAGCCAUUAUGAGAGCACAGCUUGUGCUGACUACUGUACUUCCAGACCCCCCUGCCCUCUCAGGACUGCCCAGUCCUGGCACCUCAAAGUUCGCCUUUUCAUUUCAAGCGUAAGGCAAUAAACACCUGCAGCAACAUGGGAGAAAGCAGCUGCUAGACCUGGAGAAAAGGCAGUCAAGAAGCCAAUUCAUUCUGAAGGAAGCACAAUUUCCACCUUACUUUUUGAACUUUGGCAGUCUCCGUGUCUGUCUCUGUCGCUUCAGGGAAUAAGCUGACCAUCUAGUCAGGAAAGUAACCCUAUAGGGUUUGUAGGGACCCCAUAUAUAUGCUGAUUUGAACCCUCAUAUCUUCUUGAGAUUCCCUCUUGGGUCCCACAGAGGCAGUUUGUUGAAGUAGCGAGAUGUUGACACUUCUGAGUUGCCUUUUCACUGUGGGUUCUUCCCUGACUUUGGACUUCGGCAUGACUCUUACUCAUACUUGAACCUUUCUUGUUACACCUCUACUCAAAGCAACUCUUGUGCCAUUUUGAAGAGAGUUCCUUAGACCAUAGACCAAAAAUCACCCGUUUGAGGUGGUGGCGUGGGUGCCAGGAGAAAAGGGUACCUACUGUCUGGGUGAGUGUCAUUGACACGGUCUUUUUCCCCAGCUUGCCGUCCUUAUAUGUGCUUGUCUCGUCUCUUGUGACACUUGUUUUUUCCCCCCUACCCCUGGAGAUUGUCUUCAAGAUGUUGACUUCUAGGAUUUGUAGAUUUCGUAGUGUGGUACUACUUUAUAUUUUGUCUAGGUUAUUUCUCCAGGGGAAAAGGCAAUAAUUUCCUAAAAUCCAUACAAAUGUGAAGAAAAGCAGUAUGUAAUUGGUCGUCAUUGUCGUUGUUUUUUUAUAGUGUUAAAUAAAAAUAGUAAAAAGAAAAA